AUGGUGAAUGCAGCAAGUGGUGGAGGGCUAGUGAAUAAGACUCCAAGAGAUGCAACUAGGUUGAUUGCAGAGCUAGCAGAAAAUUCUAGGCAAUUCAGUCAGAGAACUCCCACGCGCCAGGUGAAUUUAGCAAAUUCGAAUACAACUGAGUUAGAGAGUAAAGUAGCUGAUUUGACUUCUAUGAUGCGUGAGUUCAUGGUGAACUCAAGGAAUCCACAGCAACUGAAUGCUUGUGGUUUAUGCACCUCCAUGGGACAUCCCACUGAUGCAUGUCCUCAAUUACAAGAGGAGCAGAAUGAGCAGGCCAACGCCUUAGGUUUUCAAGGGCAAGGUCCGCAGAGAAGAUAUGAUCCCUUUUCAAAUACCUACAACCCAGGAUGGAGAGAUCAUCCAAAUUUGAGAUAUGGGAAUUCCCAAGGAAACCAACAACAUCAGCAUGCUCAAGGUCAACAACAGUUUCAGCAAUAUAGGGCACCGUUCCUAACACCUCAAGGCCAAAGCUCUAAUUCAGCAGAAUAUGAUGCAGUUUCAACAAGAAACCAGAUCAAGUAUUCAAAACCUGGAGAAUCAAGUCAGUCAAAUCUCAAGUGCAUUGCACCUAAGAAGGCUAAAGACUUGAUUGGAGUUGAGGAGGAGGAAGUAGAACAAGAAACUAAGGUGAAUCCGCCAACCUUUACCUCUUAUGAGCCUGUGCCACCUUUCCCAGAAGCCUUGCAAGAUACUCGAAGGUAUGAUAAAGACAAGGAUAUUUAUGAGACUUUCAGCAAAUGUGAGUUUUCCAAAAGAAACUCCCAGAAAAAAUUUGGUGAUCCUGGUAUGUUUACUAUUCCUGUUACAAUAGGAGACACCACAUUACACCGAGCCAUGUUGGACCUAGGUGCAUCAAUCAAUGUCAUUCCCUACUCCCUGUUUAAAUCUUUAGAACUUGGGCCUUUGCAUGAAACAGGGGUAGUAAUUCAGUUAGCUGAUAGGUCCAAUGUAUAUCCUAAGGGGGUAGUAGAAGAUGUACUUGUUAAGGUUGAUGGAUUGAUCUUUCCUGCUGACUUUUACGUCCUUGACAUGGAACAUGACAAACAAGCAGCCCCCAUCCUGUUAGGAAGACCUUUCUUAAAGACUGCUAAGACAAAAAUCGAUGUGUCUACCGGUUCUUUGACUAUGGAGGUUGAUGGGAAAGCAAUUGUGUAUAACAUUUAUGAUACCAUAAAGUAUCCUGUUGAUACUCAUUCUUUAUAUUCUAUAAAUGUUGUCGAUCCAAUAUUGCAUGAUGUUUCUAACAUUGAUCAUGGGGAUGAGCUCCUCACACCUAUUACUAAUGUUGUGUCUGGUGAUUGUUUGGAUUCUUCUAUACCUACUAAUGUGCAGGUGAAGGUGGCGGAAUUGAAUGAACAGUCCAAGCUUCCACCUAUACCACUAGGGGCAACACCCACCCCGUCAUCAUUUCCGGGCAAGAAAUUAUCCCAGGUAUACCACAAAGCAAAGAAUAAGGUGUGGCAUGACAAGAUGAGCUCCCGUUGGAAGGGUCCAAUUCAAGUUGACAAGGUCUAUCCGCAUGGAGCGGUAGAAAUUCGGAGUUUAGAGACCAACAACAUGUUCAAAGUGAAUGGAAAAAGGCUCAAACCAUACUACGAAGGGUUCAAGGUCGAGAAUUUGGAGAACAUUGAUCUCUACGAGCCAUCAAUUGAUUAA